AUUCUCAUUCAACACUAUUCAUAUCCAAAGUUGAAAUCGCUUUUCGUACUUCACAACACAAUCACCAGUACCACCACCAUCAAAUUCUCACCCUCCAAUCACGCUCAUUGGAUUCCCCCAACUUCAUUUAAUCCAACCAUCCACAUUCCGCCACGUAAUCACUCCCACUCUCUCUUCCUUUUUUUUCCCACUUGCUAUGUUUCAUCAAAUCUAGCAUCAAUUCAUCAAUACAAAGACAAAGUAGUAGUUACUUACUAAUGCUUAAACAAAAUCAACAAUGGACAUGAUAAUUCCUGGUAAAAUACGGAAACGAGGAUGUUCAUCAUCAGCAUCAUCAUCUUCCUCAGUAAUUAACCACAACUACAGAUUCAAACGUGCUAUUCUUGUAGGUAAAAGGGGAGGCGGAUCCACUACACCUGUACCUACUUGGAAGCUGUUAAGCUCGCGAUCUCCAGCGUCGGCGAUGCGGAUACUUGAAUCACCGAGAUAUCCACCCCCACCGUCGCAAUCGGGGAGUAAAUCGAAGCAAGCUCCGGUAUCGGCGAGGAAACUAGCGGCGACGCUUUGGGAAAUGAAUGAGAUUCCUUCGCCUAGUGUUAAGGAAAUGAGUGAUCAUGUGAAAAUGAAAAAAGAGGUUAAAGCAAAAGAUAGGGUUUCAACUGCUAGGUCUAUUCGUUCUGGUUCUUUGCCUCCUCAUUUGUCUGAUCCUUCACAUAGCCCUCCAUCAGAGAGAAUGGAUCGAUCUGGAAUUGGUAAUCGACAUAGAAGAACACCCAGCAAUUCACACAGGUUGAGGCUAACAGAACAACAUCACCAUGUUGGUCCUUUGGAUUCUUUUAGUAAUGCCAGUUUUAUGGAGAUUGAAACCAGAUCUCGAGCACAGACCCCUGCUUCAUCUACUGUGGGAGUUAAACCGCGUUUGAAAGAUGUCAGUAAUGCAUUGACAACAUCAAAAGAGCUACUUAAAAUUAUAAACCGCAUGUGGGGUCAUGAAGACCACCCUUCUUCUAGUAUGUCCCUUAUAUCAGCUCUCCAUACUGAGCUGGAGAGGGCUCGCCUACAGGUCAAUCAGCUUAUCCACGAACAACGUUCAGAUCAGAAUGAGAUAAACUAUUUGAUGAAGUGUUUUGCCGAAGAAAAGGCUUCUUGGAAAACAAAGGAGCGAGAAAUUGUUGAGGCUGCAAUUGAAUCUGUUGCAGGAGAACUUGAUGUAGAGCGGAAGCUAAGGAGACGGUUGGAAAGCUUGAACAAGAAGCUUGGGAGAGAACUGGCUGAGACGAAAGCAUCCCUUCUUAAGGUGGUGAAAGAACUUGAAACUGAGAAGAGAGAGAGAGAAAUUAUUGAAAAAGUAUGUGAUGAGUUAGCAAGAGAUGUUGACGAGGAUAAAACCGAGAUAGAUAAACAAAGGAGAGUGUCAACAAAAGCUUGCCACGAGGUAGAGAAAGAAAAGGAAAUGAUGCAGUUAACCGAUAUGUUACGCGAGGAGAGAGCUCAAAAGAAACUCUCCGAAGCAAAAUAUCAACAUGAGGAAAAGAAUGCUGCUGUUGAUAUGCUCAGGAAUCAGCUUGAAGCUUUUCUAGGCAGCAAACAAGUAAGAGAAAAAGGACGUAGUUCCACGCACUUGAACGACGAAGAAAUUUCUGCAUAUCUGAGCAGAAGCAGAUUAGUCUCCCAUCAUACUGAAUAUAAAGAAGAUGAUGGAGAGGUUGACAAUGGUGUAGAGUGUCAAGAGGAAUCCGGUGAAAGUGACCUGCAUUCUAUAGAGUUAAAUAUGGACAGCAACAACAAAAACUAUAAGUGGACCUACCCUUCUGAAAGCAGAUUUGAUACAAGAAAAUAUCCAAUUGAGGAAGAAAUAAAAGGUAGGAGGUCUAUCUCUGGAAGAGCUUCAAGGAUAAGCACAUCUCUGCAGAGGAGUAUAUCAGAUGGAGUGGAAUGGGGGAACCAAGGUGAUGAGAAGCUCCAAAAUUCAGGAGAUGGAAUAGACUGGGAAAGCUUUUAUGAACUGGAGAAACAAGCUCAAGGAAAAAGUUACGGCGAUGAAAUACAACAAAGUUAUAAAUCAGUGAAAGGUUUAAAGGAUCAAAUAUUAGCUGGUUCCAGGCUUGCAUCUUCUAAAGGUUAUGCUAGUCCAACCAGACAAUUUUCACAACCUUGGCCGUCACGAGAUCCCAUAAAUAGCUUCCAAGAGAGACAUGCUACAAUGCAGGGAAAUGGUCAAAAAUCAAGGUUAGGGGAAGCCAGGGGCGAGGCUCAUAAUUUAAUAAGGAAGUCUAAAAGGUGAUAAAAUGAUAAAAUCACUGCCUUGUUAGCCAAGCAAAUACCCCUUGCUAGGAGAAACAAAAAUAAGCUUUUCUCCAUUUCAAGUUUUUAUAUUUUGUUGAUAACCAUGUAAUGGUAAAGUUGCAGCACUCGCUGCUUAAUUUUUCAGUUGACCAAUGCGAGCAAUUUUAUUUUAUUUUUCCUUUUCUUUUCUCCUGUAAUAGAUGCUGACGUUGACUAAGAAAACUUGGCUUUUUCUUUA